UCUUAUGAGUGUUGCCGGGAAAGAAGCAUUUUUGUUCGAAAGAAGUCGCCCUUUCCUUGCUGACUCCCACGUGGGGUUCUGUGAGAAACACAUGUGUCGAAACACCCAUUUUGAUUGGUGUUCUAAUGGAAAGGAAGACCAUUCGGUCUGAGUUUGCAAUGAAACUUUAACCAUUUUUCAGGUUUUCAUCUUUGUGCUGUCACCGCAUAUAUAUGUUUAAAUGGAGGUUCACUCCCACAACCCAAUAACCAAGUGGAAGUGGAGGCUGUUUUUCUAUACAAUUGGCCUUUCCUCAGGGUUCUUGAUACUGUCAGCAAAAUUUGGCAUCAUGUUCGCCGGUAAAUUUACCCUCUUCACAAUGCUGGCGGGAUCACAGGGCACGAUUGCUCUAUCUGCUUCGGAAAGCUUUUAUCCAAUAGGCCUCAAUGAAACUUCAUACAUCACAAAUACUUCACUUGGAUCAUAUGGUGGCAGUUAUUCGGCUCCUGGAAAGUCUACGACAUCAAACAUAACAUAUGGCACAUACGAUUAUUGCUCGAUGCCCCAUCCAAGAGUACAAGAGUAUCUACUUCCUUCACCUGUAGCCAAUGGAAGUGUCAAGACAGAGCUCGUCUAUCUGGAGUAUUUACAAAGACAUCAGAGGAGGACUAUGUACAAUGUCUUACCCAGUGGAGAGACCGUGCCUUUCAAUUGCUCAGAUAUUUCACCAUAUUUGUAUGCUGGACCUCAUGAUACCACCUUGGAACAGCCCAUUCCAGUGUAUGCUAGCACAUAUACAGAUGCACACAAUCCUUUCUUGGGCAACUAUAUCUCGGGAACUUGCCAAUAUCCACAACUUACAAUCGGUGGCCUAUUGGAUGGCUACCAGCACGGUCGAGACCUUUCAGGAGUGUAUGGUGCCACCGGUAAAUUGAGUCUUUUCCCCACAAAUCCAUCGUUGGAGCAAAGUUACUUUCGCUCCUCGGAAUCGCCUUUGACACAGCAGAGUGCUGGAGGGGUACUACGUGGAAUCUGGCCCAAGUAUCAAGGAUCAAUUUCUCUCCAUCAACAAGCUAGCUCACUCGACACCGUUAACGCAGGGUACUCUUGCUCCGCCAUUGCUUCAACGCUAGCUAGAAUUAAGUCAACUACUGAAUGGCAAGCUCACCUGACGGCUACAUCAACCAUACGUACUACACUUGGAAAUAUGUUCAACGCAGACUCUAGUGCAUGGCAAGGGACAAUGGAUCAUUUCGCAGACAAUUUCCAAGCUCGACUCUGUAAUGGUUAUUCGCUUCCUUGCUCUCCGACUAAUGCGUCAAACUGCGUAACUCGGGAAAUGGCAGAUGAGGUUUUCAGAGCUGGAGACUGGGAGUGGAAUUACUACUGGAGGGCAAAUCCGUAUGCUCAGAAGUACAUACAAGUCGUAGAGGGACUAUUUAUUGGAGAGAUAGUGUCAAGACUAGAAAGUGUUGCAAACGGGACGAUUCAAGGAGGAAAGUACAGUCAUACAUUUGUUCAUGAUGGAGAUAUUGGUCCAGUAGCAGGCGCUUUGGGUAUAAAUGCUCUAAGAUGGCCUGGAAUGGGGAGCAACAUUGCUGUGGAGAUUUGGAAGCUUCAGAACUCUAGCAGCCCGGCUAUUGAUGGACAUUUUGCAAGAGUAUUGUAUAGUGGACAACCUAUGCAGUCAAGCCAUGGAGAUUUGGAUUGGGUUCCAUUGCGAACUUUAUUGGGAAUUUUGAAGCAAUUUGUGCCGACAGAUAUUGUGUCGCUAUGCAACAGUUGA